AUGCAAGAAGAUUCAAGAUCUGAAGACAGCUUCAGCAGCACCGUCACUUCUAAGUAUAGAGCUUUGUAUGCUUGCCCACACUGUUUUAAAGAAUUCGACAAUGGCCAUGCUUUUGCUGGCCACCAAAACGCUCAUCGUCUUGACAAAACCUCCUCAAGGUCAAGGAAAAUGGAUGCUCAGGCUAGCAUUUUAGGAUCAGUCUUAGAUCAUCAUUUACUCCCCUCCCAUUAUGACAAUAACCCACCACCACUUGCACCAGUGGGUGGUGAGGCUGCUGGGCUGCAGGGUCAUCCACCAUCAGGGGUUCAGCCUCCUCCUUCUGGGUUCGAUGUGCCUGUCCCUAGGUGCCCUCGAGGAGUUCUCAAAGUAAAGCCUAGGGCAAACAAUGGAUCUCCUUGCUGUCAUUCUUAUGAAGUGGGAAUGAUGAUGAAUAAGGUGGCACAGCGUGAGAAAGGAGCAGAUUCUGACUCUCAGAGAACCAUGAACGAUCCUCUGAUUAUGGUUUCAAGGAAAGACGAUGAUGGCUUUGAGAGAGAAGAGGAAUUGGACCUGGAGUUGAGGCUAGGUUUUAAUAAUAAAAAAGGUUUAGGAGGAGAAGGAAAAGGAGAUUUCCCUCUUCUCUAG